AUGGCGAUGACCUACAACCAAUCAGAGACCAAGAUACAGGGCAGCGGGAAAAGGAAAGCUGAAGCGUUUCUUGGCAUGUUGCAUCCUGUUGUCCUCCACUGCCCUGAAGAAAUCUGUUCUCCUGACCCUCUCUGUCCUCUCUCAGCCUCCACAGUGCGUCACCUGUAUCUGCGUGGAGGUGUUGGUGUGGGCUCUAUGACCAAGAUCUAUGGCGGGCGUAAGAGGAAUGGCGUGUGCCCCUCUCACUUCAGUGUGGGCUCCAAAAAUGUUGCCCGUAAAGUGCUCCAGGCCCUCGAGGGACUCAAGAUGGUGGAGAAAAACCCCAAUGGUGGGCGUAGACUUACCCCUCAGGGCACCAGAGACCUGGACAGAAUUGCUGGACAGGUAAGAAGUGUUAUCGGAUUACUGUAUUUGUGAACUUGAGCAUUUGUAA